AUGCGCCGUUCCGUAGUGGUUUACUGCAGUUUCUGCAGAACCACUGCAAUCGGUUUCGCCCUAGCAAUAUUCUUCCGAUCGGCGCAUAACUUUUUCAUUUUGAGUUUUAAUGUGCAUUAUAUGGGACCGCCUAUACAACAGGGUUGUUUCUCUUGUGAUCACUGGCGCAGAGAAACGAAGGUUGACGAGUUAUAUACUUGUUGCCUGUAUAAACUUGACUUAACUCUGGGUGAGCGCGAUGUCCUAAUGUGCUCCAAUCUCUGUAUAUCAGCGCUAGCUUCUCAAUCGAUGAAAUGGCACACUAGC